AGAGAGAGAACGCAACGCAAUGGUGCGAAUUUGCGAAUGAAUGGAAAAGUGCGUUUUUAAAUAUUAAUUGGGGGUUUUGAAAAUUACAGCGGAGAAAAAGAAAAGAAAUUGAAAAUGGAAAUGGAAAUGGUGCUGCUCGUAUUUUGGGGUUGGGAUUUGGAUUGCGAUUAUAAACCGAGCCUCCUCUCCCUCUCCCUUCUCUCCUUCCCUCGGACUCACACUCCUCUUUUAUUUGGUCUCUCCCUCUCUCCCUCUCUCUCUCUCUCUCUCUCUCUCUCUCUCUACCAAACCAAAACCCUUCUCUUUUUUCUGGUUUCAACCGAAUCCGAUUUCACAAACAUCGGUGGUGGUUAAUCGAAUUGUAUAGGGAUCGCAGUUUGCAUGGAUGGUGAUUUUCUGACAUGAUUGAUUGCUUCUCUCGGCCUAGCUACUGAUUCUUCAGGCAAUCAUGAAGUAUGUGUGCUUCAUGGCUUGCUGCUACGGAGGUCUGAAGAUCCGCGCUACUCGUGAUCCUCACACGACUCCCAUGUGCUUCAGCAUCUCUUUGGAAAGAGUCGUAACUCAAAUGUUUGAAUUCUGGCUCCCUUUGGUGGGUACUUAGCGGUUAGUAGUAGCUUCUACAGACCACUUGUAUUCUUAAUUGAAGGAGAAAUUAAGAGCACUGAUUAGUCGUAGUGGCAGCAUAGGAAGUUGGAAAUUUUUUUCUUCAUUGGAUUGGAAAUAGCAGCUCUAUCAAUUGAUGAGCUGAUCUGAUCCGACUCCCUCGAGUCCUCGACAGCCCUGCCCAUUCUAGAAGAAAAAAAAAAGAAAAAAAACAAAAGAAAGCGACUAGAGUUAGGGAUUAACCCUGUGAAAUUUAGAAAUGGGAUUGCCUCAAGUGCCCUCAACUGGAACUUCUGAGGAAGUGCUAGCUGCUUCUCCGGGCUCCUUUUUACGAAGCCCGCCUCGAUUUUCUAGUAUGAGCACGUGUGAUAUGGAUGGGAUGCUUGGUAGCAGUGCAAGCCCAGUGGGAGGGAAUCCAUUAUGCUCCUCUUUAGGAGAUUACCAGACUAGAACCUCCCUAGAAUUUUCAAAGCUCCCAGAUGAUUCACUUAGAUUUAGAGGGACCGUGGAAGUCACUAACAAUGUUCAUGGUUCGUCAAUAGUUUCUGUUGAUAAAGCCGAUCAGAUCACUGCAAGAAAUGGACGGAAUAUUCAGACCCCUGCUUCUAGGAUUGUAGGUUUUGAAUCCACCGGAACAAGUUCUCUAAAUGAUGAUUCGAGCGGUGUUUCAUGUGGUCUUGUUCCCUCUUCUUCUGUGGUUAAUGUCACAACUAAUGAAAUUGUGACCAGUGGGUCACUAGUCAGGAAGCGAUUAUUGUCCCCAUUGAAUACUAUGCUUUUUCCACAUGAGUUUAAAGGUGAUCAUUUGGACAUUGGUUGCAGAACUUCUGGAACAAAUUAUCCUGCUGUGGGUGAUAAUUUUAGUACACCUAUUGCACAUGAUUAUAAGAAAGCAAAUAUUGGGAUCAAAGGUAGUUUUACCAAGCCAACUUGUUCUCUGUCUAGUUACUUGGAGCAGAAGAGCAUGCCAUUGCCACAUGAUGAUAGUAUUACGGAAACCAGUUUUUUCACAGAUGGCCCUUUGCUGGAAAACAAGGAUCUCGUACCUCAAAAUAGUUAUAGAUCUUCACCUAGAUGUGAUGAGUUGACAAAAUGGAGUAAUGCAAAAAUCCGAAGUGGGGAAAUAUCAAUAUCUCCAAAGGAAGUGAUCUCACCUUUGCAUUCUUUGUCACCUCUUGGCCCCAGGUUGUCUGAAAGAUUGAAAAUUGCAGGGGGCUGCAGGACUACUGACAAAGAGUUGGAGGAUUGUCAUUCAACCUUAAGGAAUGUAAAACAAACACUUUACAAGUCUGAUGCAGACAUUCCGUUUUCCCCUGAAGUAGGGGAGUUUAGGAUUGCUAGUAAACUAUUUGAAGAUGUUGAUAUUUUUCACGGGGAAUUCCUUCCAUCUUCUCUAGAGAAUAGUACUGGCGUAAGUUAUUCUUUGUCCCAUGCCCAUGGGUCAGCUCCCAACUCCCAUUGCAUGAGGUUUGUUAGAAGUUUGAGUGGGCUUUCUGUUCGGAGAUCCUUGGUUGGUUCAUUCGAAGAAUCUCUACUGUCUGGUCGGUUCAUAUCAGGCAAACCCAGUCAGAGAAUCGAUGGUUUUCUGGCUGUGCUGAGCAUCACUGGGGGAAACUUUUCUCCGCAAUCACAGAAGCUUCCUUUUUCAGUAACUAGUGUAGAAGGUGAUUGCUAUUUAUUGUAUUGCGCAUCCAUACAUCUUUCGGGAAAUUCUGCAAUGAAUAGGAGUGGAGGACAAAAGAUUAAACAAGGCCUUAGCAAUGAUGGUUCACAGAUUGUCACAAGCCGCCUGCGCAUUCCUGUGAAGGGCCGUAUACAACUGGUUCUAAGCAAUCCUGAGAAGACACCUAUUCAUACUUUUCUUUGCAACUACGAUUUAAGUGACAUGCCAGCUGGUAGCAAAACUUUCUUACGCCAGAAGGUCACCUUAGCAUGCAGCCCAAAUUCUCCCCUGUCGAGACAAGGGAAGACUGAUUUGAACUCAAAAGUCAUAGAGAAGAAGGAAGUAGAGAAUACAGCCGGAGUAGACAUUGUACAUACAACAAGAUCUGUAGAUCAGAAAACUGAAAUUAGAAGUGAAGGCUCUAAUUUUGUGGAUUCCAUAGAUGAGGGGGAUAUGUCCAAGGUAUCCCCUAAAACAGGAAGGGUGUCCAUUCCUUCGUUCCUUGUUGAGAAGAGCUUCAACAAUGAGGAGUACCGAAGCAGUAACGGAAAGGAG